CCCAAAUUGCUCAUGGUCAAAUGAUCCCUUUAAUUGAUUUGAUUGGUUCCUUCAAUUUUUGGGUUGGAGGAAAUGCUCUCUGCAGUCUUCUGCUACUGUCUAUUCUAAGGGAUAUUACAGACUGUCGAUCCCACAAUCUUUGGAAAGUUGAUAAGAAUAUUUUUCAUUAUUACAAUAUUGAAAGAUGGCAGCAAAUAAAAAGUAUAUGUAUCAUAAAGCCAAUGAUUUUAAGGCAGUUCUGCAUGAUUUAGAAAACUCAUUACUUAGCUUCGAGCGACUUGACAGAGCCUCUCCAGACCUAUGGCCUGAACAAAUUCCUGGUGUCUCAGACUUUGCAUCUGUAAGAAGUCCCCUAAGUGGCCCAAAGUGGCUCUCAUCAAAUAUAGACAAGGAAGAUAUUGACUAUGAUAUGCUGCAAGAACUUGGAAGUCUGACCACACAACAGCUUAUGGAGAAGGUUCGGGGUCUGCAAAAUUUGGCCUACCAGCUUGGCUUGGAUGAGGCCAGGGAAAUGACAAGAGGGAAAUUUCUGAACAUUCUGGACAAAAAUCAUACAAAGAGGUGAUACAGCAGAAAUAAGAUACAGGGACAUAGACUUAUAUACCCAAUAUAUUUAUUUAAGUACUCUACAUCUGUGGAAGAAUUGUCAACUCAUAUCUAGUUUUUCUGUGUCGAAAAAUGCAUUCUGUUUUUCAAGGCCAGAAAAUGUAUGUGUGAAAGGUGAAGAUUUUCUAUACUGUAACAACUGAAAAAUCUCAAGAUUCAUUGUUUAAGCUGUGUAUAGAAAUUCAAAUUCAGAUUAAUUAAAUUAUUUAACAUUGAUUGUAAAAUGUAUGUCUGGGAUCACAGUGUAGUACAUGUGCUUUGAAGUAACCUUCAUUCUUAUCUAGUACAAAGUAAUUGUAGUCACAUACGGAAAAAUCUGUUAUGGAAUGUAUAUAUUGUAACUUCUUACAUAGGAGUUUUAGAUAAAUAAAUAAAUGUGAAUAAUCCAUCAAUCAAGUU